AUGUCUACUCCUACGCUCAAGCUCGAUCCACAGGCAAAGGUGGCGCCUCUUGCGCCCAUUGCCCUCGCCAAACUGGUCAGUGCCGCUGAUGCCUCUCAGGCUCUCACUCUUUCUUUCGAAGACGGAGUUGCUCCAACUCUUCUCCUGCCCAACGCCGCACCUGUUGAGGGCUAUCUUCACAUUGUGCGUGAGAUCGCAUCUCACUACGCACACCUCGGUCUUUCCGGCGCGGACAAGGACCAGAGCGCUCAGAUCAACCUCUUCGUCAGUCAGGGUGACAAUCUCGCUCUUGCCGAUUUCCAGACCGCUGCAGUUAUCGCCGAUAAUCUAGAUCAGCACCUUGCUCUGCGCACUUUCCUUGUCGGUCACGCUAUCACCGCUGCCGACGUCUCGAUUUGGGCUGCUGUUCGUGCCAGCUCGCCUGUCAUUGGUCUUGUGAAAAAGGGUCUUCACAACCAUCUGCAGCGAUGGUUCAAUCACAUCGACUCGCUUGCUCCUACCUCAGACGCCCUUGUUCAGCUUGCAGAUGCCAAGGCUGAGAAGUUCAAAAACAAGAAGACGGCCGCUGGUUUCGAUCUCUUCCUCAAAGAUGCUAAGCAGGGUCAAGUUGUCACUCGUUUUCCUCCUGAACCUUCAGGUUACCUCCACGUCGGUCACGCUAAGGCCGCCAUCCUUAACCAAUACUUCGCUCGUCAGUACAACGGCAAGCUCAUCAUCCGUUUCGACGACACCAACCCGAGCAAGGAGAAGGAGGAGUUCGAGCAGUCUAUUAUCGAGGAUCUUGCUCUCCUCGGUAUCAAGGCUGACACCACCAGCCACACCUCGGACUACUUUGAUACUCUCUACAAGUACGCUAUCCAGAUGAUUCAGCUCGGCAAAGCUUACGCCGACGACACUGUUCAGGAGCAGAUGCGCGCCGAGCGUAUGGAUGGUAUCCCCUCCAAACGUCGUGAUGCAUCUAUUGAGGAGAACAUGACCCGAUUCGCCGAGAUGUCUGCCGCUUCUCCCGAAGGACGCAAAUGGUGUCUUCGUGCCAAGAUCUCCUUCGAUGACCCCAACAAAGCCAUGCGUGACCCUGUCAUCUACCGCUGCAACCCCGACGUCUCCCACCACCGCACGGGCAACACUUGGAAAGUCUACCCGACCUACGACUUUGCUUGCCCCAUCGUCGACUCUAUCGAAGGUGUCACCCACGCACUCCGUACCAACGAGUACCGUGAUCGCAACCCUCAAUACUACUGGAUGCUCGAUGCUCUCAACCUCCGCAAAGUCGAUAUUUGGGACUUUGGUCGUCUCAACUUUGUCUACACCCUGUUGAGCAAGCGCAAGCUGCAGUGGUUUGUGGAUAAUGGUAUUGUUGGUGGGUGGGAUGAUCCACGAUUCCCCACUGUCCGUGGUAUCCGUAGGAGAGGUAUGACGAUCGAGACAAUUCAAGAAUUCAUCUUGGCUCAAGGACCUUCACAGCAGAUCAUCAACAUGGAGUGGGAUAACAUCUGGACGAUCAACAAGCGUCACAUUGACCCCCUUGUUCCGAGGUAUGUUGCGCUGGACAAGGAAGGAGUGGUGAAGGUCACAGUGAAGGGAGCUCCGAAGCGUCAUACAAAGGAGAUGCCUAAACAUAAGAAGAACCCCGAUUUGGGCAACAAGAUCACCCUCUUUGACGAGGUGGUUUGUGUCGAGCAGGCUGAUGCACGUUCGUUUGGCGAGGGCGAGGAAGUCACUUUCAUGGACUGGGGUAACGUCUUCAUCAACAAGAAGGAGGCUGAUGCUGCUGGAAACGUGCUUGCUAUCGAGGCAACCGCUAAUCUGGAUGGUGACUUCAAGAAGACCAAGAAGAAGGUCACUUGGCUUGCACCUUCCACACACGAACAGUCUCUCAUCGAAGUCAACCUCAUCGAUUUCGACUACUUAAUCACCAAGAAGAAGCUCGAAGAGGAGGACAACUUUGCCGACUUUGUCACUCCCAAUUCCGAGUUCCGCUCCAUCGCCCUUGCCGAUCACAACGUUGCCUUUCUGCAGGAAGGUGCUGCUAUCCAAUUCGAGCGUAAGGGAUACUACAUUCUCGACAAGAAGGUUGGAAAAGACGGCAAAGCAGACUUUAUCAAGAUUCCCGACGGUAAAGCUGCUACUUCCGCUUCCAAAGUUGCACCCGAUGCCGAUACCGAGGCUAAAAAGGCAGCUGCAGCCAAGGCUAGGGCUGAAAAGGCAGCUGCAAAGGCAAAAAAGGAACAGGAAAAGGCAGGAAAGAAGCAAAAGAAGGCUCUUGAGAAGGGUGAUGGUGUUGGAUUCGUCGCUGGUAAGGUCAGUGCAGGUGUUGCUGCUGCUACUGCUGGUUUAGCUGGCGCUAUCGCAGCUAGGAAAGAGGAUCAGCAGGACAAGGCAGAGCAAGUGGUGCUCAAGACUGAGGUAGGCACUAAGCGUGACAACGCAAGCUCUCACUUCCCAGAGAUCAUCGACACUGGUAAGGGAAAGAUCAACAUGUACGAGGCCCCGGUGAUCACAACAAACAUCCCUACUCCUGUUCAGACUAAGAUGUACUCUAUGAACAAGAUCCUGUAA